CAUAACAUGUUGCAUGUCAAAAAUAUUAAUACAGACUUAUCUGACAUUAGUUGCAAAACACUCCUUUGAGAUCAGAGGAUCAUAGUCAUAGAUCUACCCUAUGUCAGACGUGAAGUAUAAUGUCUAAAUAUAAUACAAAAUGAAGUUUCUUAUAAACUUAACUUCCAUAAAUCGUAGUUGUUUAGAUAUUAAUAAUACGGUUUAGGCUCUCCACUAGAUCUGGGAUCGAUUUAAAGCAAACUAGAGAUGUGAAAGCAAAGUCAACCAUCCAUCCCAUCAUCACAACAUAAAGCUAGAGUAGACAUUGUGUCACUGUCUCGUGUCUAUCUUGUUAUUGGCAAGAGUUUAAACAUGCAUGCUUCAAGAAUGGUGAUGAGUUUUGAUCCUAAAACUCUCCCUUGCGCUUACAGAGUCCCUCUAUGUCAUAAGGCCAAGCUCUCUCUUUUACCUGGCCGUUUGCUUAGAAACCAAACGCUUUCUCGACAACCCACAAAACAAGAUUUGUUCUGUGUAAUGGCUACUAGUGGCGAUCUUGAGAGUAUUCGUCCCUUGGCUCAGUUUACUCCCACUUUUCUAGGAGAUCACCUCUUCUCUGUUCCCGUGGACGGUUCUGAGUUCAAUGCAAUUGAGCAUGAGAUUGAAUCGGUUAUGAAGCCGUAUGUGAGAGAUAUGCUCAUGUCUCCUCACACCUGUGACAAAGAGAAAAUUCGUCUCAUUUACUUGCUUAUCAGUCUAGCGAUCUCCCAUUAUUUCGAAGAUGAAAUCGAAGAGAUUCUAAGCAAGGCUUUUGGGAAGUUAGAAGGCUUGAUUGCCAAGGAAGAUGACCUGGAAACAAUCUGUACUAUGUUUGAGGUUUUCAGAUUGUAUGGUCACAAAAUGUCUUGCGAUGUGUUCGAAAGAUUUAGUGGGGAGCAUGAUGGAAAGUUCAAGGAAAGUGUAGUUCGAGAUGUUAGAGGGAUGUUGCAGUUGUACCAAGCAUCAUAUCUCAAAACAAAAGAUGAGAAUAUAAUAGAGGAAGCACGGAGUUUCACUAGGACUCACUUGGCGGCAGUGACUAAUACUACUAAACCACAUCUCUCUAAGCAUAUACAAAAUGCAUUGUACAUACCUAGAUACCAUUGCGUAGAAAUAGCAGUUGCAAGAGAAUAUAUCUCUUUUUACGAACAAGAAGAAGAUCACGAGGAGAAUCUUCUUAAGUUUGCUAAACUCAACUUCAGCUACUGCCAGUUGCAUUACGUCAAAGAGCUCAAAGAUGUCACCAAAUGGUGGAAAGAGCUAGAUCUUGCGUCUAAACUACCUAAUACCUUUCGGGACAGAAAUGUGGAGAUCUAUUUCGGCAUGAUGGGUAUAUACUUCGAGCCAAGAUAUUCCGUUGCGAGAGUUAUAGGCACUAAAAUCUCCAUGAUCAUGACGGUUGUUGAUGAUACAUAUGACGCCUAUGGCACUCUUCCUGAAGUUAUAAGUUUCACCGAUGCCUUGCAAAGGUGGGAUAUUGGAACCAUUGAAGAUCUACCAAACUAUAUGCAAAUUAUUUUCCGAACUUUGUGGGAAGUUAUGCAAGACAUCGAACGUGAAAUGAGCUCGCUAGGAAGACCUGGUGGUCUGCAACCGACUAUAGAUGAGAUAAAGAGCUUGACAAAGAAAGGGUAUCUAGAGAUAGCAAAAUGGGCACGCGCAGGUCACGUACCAAACUUUGAAGAGUACAUGGAGGUUGGAAUCGUCACAGGUGCAAUGGAUGAUAUGGCAGUCUACAGCUUUCUAGGGAUGGAAGACUGUGAUGAGAAGAUAAUGUACGAGUGGUUCGCCUCUAGACCUAAAGUCAUCCUAGCUUUUAAUGUUGUAUUUCGUCUGAUUAACGACAUAACCACAUUCGAAGAAGAGUUAAAGAGAGGGGAAGUGGCAAAUGGAGUCAACUGUUACAUGAAGCAGCAUGGUGUAAGUCAAGAAGAAGCGGUUACAGAAUUGAAGAAGAUAAUUAAGGAUCACCAUGAGAUGAUGAUAGACGAGUUCUUUAAAGCCUUAUCUACUGUGCCACGCCAGAUUGUAAUGCGAGUCUUCAAUACUGCACGUGUGAUCAAUUUGUUCUACAAGGAGGGUGAUGGAUUUGGUCAUCCAGAUGAAAAUCUCAAAGCCCACUUUACCUCUUUGUUUUUAUAAAAUUCGUACGUACGUGCUUUUGAUUUUCAUGAGUCAUGUGGUGUGAUAAUCUCUGUGUUUGAAGUUGUAGUAUGAGUUUUUGUUUUGAAUCUUAAUUUUAUUUUUUCAGCUAAUGAUUUAGGCCUCUUUGAAAAACAACGCGAGUUUAGCAAAAACUAAAAAUAAAUACAACGUGAAUAUGUAAUAUAGAAUAUAUAUCGCUUUUGUGUGAAUAUAUAUAUGAUGUGCUCAAAUUUUAAUAAUCCAAAUUACUAAUUUGCAAACGCAUAGUUAAGUGAGAUGGUAGUGAUUUGGACGGUUGAACAAUACCGGGUAAGCUCAUAACGUGUCCUAACAUCAAAUGUAGUCACUAGCCAAAAUAUUUCCAGUCUAAAGUAAGUUGGAGAGUUUCAUCAAACAUUGAUGCUUAAAAUUAGAUGUAAAACUAAGGGCAACUCUCUAUAGACUAUUUUUAAGUUUUUUUCUCACAAAAAAAGUUCAUAAAAAGAAAAAUGACCAAAAUAUUUCAUUAAAAAGAUAAAAGACUUUUAUACCUUAGAUAUAUAAAUAUAAAUAAAUAAAUA